UCUCUAUCUCUCAAUCUUAGGACUGCAUCCAGCUUAAUCAGUACAAGUUAAAGAGUGAGAUUGGGAAGGGCUCAUAUGGUGUUGUCAAGUUGGCAUACAAUGAAGAUGAUGACAAAUAUUACGCAAUGAAAGUUGUAUCUAAGAAGAAGCUGAUGAAGCAGUAUGGAUUUCCCAGACGUCCUCCUCCCAGAGGUCCUAAAGCUGCCCAGGGGGAGCAGCCUAAAGUGCUCGGUCCUCUGGAGAGAGUUUACCAGGAGAUUGCAAUCCUGAAAAAACUGGACCAUCUGAACAUAGUUAAACUUGUUGAGGUACUGGAUGACCCAGCAGAGGACAACCUUCAUAUGGUGUUUGAGCUGAUGCAGAAAGGGCCUGUAAUGGAGGUUCCAAGCGACAGUCCCUUCACCGAGGACCAGGCCCGCCAUUACUUCAGAGACAUUGUCCUGGGCAUCGAGUACUUGCACUAUCAGAAGAUCGUUCACAGGGAUAUCAAACCAUCAAAUUUAUUGCUUGGAGAUGACGGCCAUGUCAAGAUUGCUGAUUUUGGGGUCAGUAACCAGUUUGAGGGGAACGAUGCCUUGCUCUCCAGCACUGCAGGGACUCCUGCAUUCAUGGCUCCAGAGACGCUGUCAGACAACCGGCAGAGCUUCAGUGGAAAGGCUCUGGACGUGUGGGCAAUGGGAGUGACCCUCUACUGUUUCGUCUAUGGGAAGUGCCCAUUUAUUGAUGAGUACAUACUGGCUCUUCACAAUAAGAUCAAGAGUAAAGUGGUGGAGUUCCCCGACACACCGACUGUCAGCGAGGGGCUGAAGAGCCUGGUCUCACGAAUGCUGGACAAAAACCCAGACACCAGGAUCACCAUUCCUGAGAUCAAAGUUGACCCGUGGGUGACUCAGGAUGGCAAAGACCCUUUACCUUUAGAAGAAGAGCACUGUACUGUGGUGGAGGUCACUGAAGAGGAGGUGCAGAACUCUGUCAAGUUUGUCCCCAGUCUGUCUGCUGUGAUACUAGUGAAAGCCAUGUUAAGGAAGCGUUCCUUUGGGAAUCCAUUUGAGUGUCCCAGUAGGAGAGAAGAGAGAUCCAUGUCUGCACCCGGCAGUUUGCUCAUAAAGGGGAGCAGCGGAGAAGCUCCUAGAGAAGCCGAGCUAGAGGACUUGCAUGAGGAUGAACCACCCUCCUCUUGAGUGUCUCCAAAGAACCCGAAGCGUUUCUCAUUGUCUGCGCUUUCAGACACCUCCAGCCCUUCCAGCAGAUGAUGAUCAUGACCCAAACCGCUCGACUACUCUGCGUUUCUGUCAGCUCGAGGCUUAUCUUGACAUUGAACUGGAUAAUGCUGUCGCUUUCAUCCUUGAGGCUUUUCACUUUCGUCAGCCUUGCACAAGAAUCCUUUUCCUCGCUUUUUAAGUCCCUCCAUCAUGGUUCUGGUGAAACUUUAUCUUCACAUAUCUUGGAUGUUCCACCUUUGUCCUCACAUCCUGGUUAACAAGUAGACUUCAGAAAAAAACUACAUUGAAGCAGAGUUGUCUGAAAUAGACUACUUACUAAAGCAAAAGACUACAGCAUGGAUAAAAACUGCUGAUAAUAACUGAUAUCAUGAUAUGCGGUGAUGGCGUGGUGCAGUGUGCUGCCAUCAUAACAUCUGUAAAUGUGUAUAAAAUUAUAGAUAAAGUGUUUUGCCUUUUUGUACGUGUUCAUGUGCAAUUCUUAAAGGGAUAGUUCACCAGAAAUGAGCAUUUACUAAGUAUUUACUCACUUUUUACCUGUUUUAAGCUCUUUAUGAGUGUCUUCUGUUAAAAACAAAAGAAAGUAGGCUAUUUUUAAGAAAACUAAAAACCUGUAACCAUUGACUUACAUGGUAGUAAAACUAAUUCUAUGGAAGUCAAUGGUUACCGGUUUCCAGCUUUCUUCUUCUUUUACAUUUAAUGAUAAAAAAAAAAACUCAUAAAGGUUAAAAACACUUAAACAAUAUAUAAAUGAUGACAGAAAUUAAAUUUUUGUGUGAACUAUCCCUUUAACCCUCUCUAUCAUAGCAUGGCCUUUCACAUAUUGUGGUGUUUUCAUAUCUCAAUUUUCUCAUUUCAUUCAGAUUCAGUAUAUAAACACUCACACAGUGCUGUGCUGUGGAUCAAAAGGGGCUUAUGUAACUACUAGACACUAAAAAGGCUCUCGAUGUCUGCACAUUCAGUGAUUUCCAAAAAACGGGGCUUUUAUC